AUGUUCGAUAACCUAGAACACCACGAUUGGGGAGAUGUGCAGUUGGAGAAAAGCGUCGGCGAGAUCAUGAGCUCCAAUUACGAAGAGUGCAAUGAACUGAUAAAAGACAUCUUUGAAAUGGUCAAGAAGUUCGAAAGCGAGCUUGAUCAUUUAGAGGUCUUCCAACCCGACGAAAAGCAGGCAGAGAAAUCCAAGGAUACCAGAAAACGUAUAAGAGAAGGUUUAAUCCUAGUAAUGAAUGAAUCUAACUACGAAUCGAGAAUAAAAGAAAUAAAGGAGGCAAGUGGUACGCUCACCUGGCUUCGACAGCAAAUCAUCGACCUAAAGAAGCCUUCCCAACGAGUAGAAUCGAAAAAGCCCUUGGCGAAAAAGGCUCUUUGGACAAAAAUACGACAUGCAUCUACAGCACUUCACAGAGCAAUGGCCGGAACGUGGACGUGUAGUCAAGCAAGUCAGAUGCCACAUUUCAUCAAAUUGUUCGUGGAAGCCAACGAGGCCGACAGUGACGUCCAGCUGAAGAUCGCUAUGCUGGCACAUGACCAUAGCGGGAAGGUCGGAGUCCCUCGCAUUAUUAAACUUCAAAUUCGAUCGAGAAUGACGCUCUUGUAUCCGAGAAUCCCGCGAAUCCCAUCGCCAGAUUCGAGCGAUGAAAGACCUCGGAAGCUACGUAAAUUUGUACGUUUCGACUUUAGCGCGUCAACACCAUGCGCCGCCGCAAUGGCCGGGCGAAGUGAAACGAAAUCAGGUACUUCUUCAGAUAUAUCGCCAGAUCUCCGGAACUCCAAAGACCUCUGUGGGGAGCUCAUGCAACGUUAUGAUCAAGCAACCAUUGGCAUCGAUUAUUGCGUUGGUCAUAUCGACUUUGAUGCUGAAGAGUGCAAUCAGCAUCUCUUCUAUUUACCAGAUAAUCUACACCGUGCUCCCACCUUAUCUGUUAAUCAGUUAAUUACCAUGGAUACCCUUGUCGGGUUCACGCAGGAGAUCGUCGCACCUAUCCACAAGCUCAAGAUUGCACGAUCACUAGCCUUAGCCGUGCUCAGAUUUCAUGGAACGCCUUGGCUAAGGGAGAUUUGGAAGCUUGGUGAUCUUUCAUUCUUCUACCAUGAAGAUAGCUUAUCGAAAUCACUCCAGACGCUCCAUCUUGGGGCUGAAUUUGAGCUGAAAAGGCUCACUAGGAACAUUGAAGUGGAUGCCAUUAUGGACAACAAUGGCCUUCUCACUCCACAUGGUUCACAGACGGAGGAGGAGGAAAGAGUAACAUGCGGGAUCAAUAACAUGACUCUACAUUGUUUAGGGGUAGCUCUCUUGCAUAUUGACCGAGGGACGCAGUUAGACCCAGGCAACGUGCUGCGCGUUCGCAAGAUGGCUCACGAGAGCUCGACCCUAGGUUCCGAAUAUCGAGAUAUCACACAACAGUGUCUGCGGUGUGACUUCGGGGUUGGCUGUGACCUCAGUCAGGACCAACUACAAAGAGCGGUUUAUGGGUCCAUAGUGGAAAGAUUAGAGUCGAUGAUAUUACGGCUUGAGCCUCUCUACUUGGAGGCUCCAUAG